AUGCAACACCAGACCUCGUCUGCUGCAUACGGAGACGCCUCGUACACGACCGCGGCAUCGCCCGUUCAUGCCACAUAUGCGGCCUCGCCCACGCCAUACGAUGGCCUUGGAUACGCUCCCGCACCGAUGCGCCAGACCUUCGCCCUGGCGCCAGAAGCAGAUCCCCAUACCAGGAGAUAUUCACAACCGUCAGUAUCCUCAAACUCUUACGAUCCCGUCGACCUGGGCCGCGCGCACCGGAAUUCGUUAGUUGACUUUAGUGAUCACAGAGGACUCGGUGACGACCGCAGAAGCUUCCAGGAUGCCAUUGAGGCAAGCCAUGGCAUGCUGUCGAUGAAGUUCGACACUUCUAACCAGGAGACGCCCCGCGCCGGCGUCUACAAUCAGCGAGGCCGGGGAUCCGCCGACUCAUAUGGCUUCCCUUCGACCCAUUCGACCUCGUCGAGCGUCUCCUCGACCGGCUUCAGCCCGUACUAUGGUUCUGUAGACUCGAGCGUCAGCGACUACUCCACCGCCGGCUCUGAUAUCGAGUCAGUGACGUCUCGUACCCUACCCCGCCCGCAAGGAUUGAUGCCCAGUCAACCACCGGCGCCGCAAUCCAUGAUGAGCCAAUUCAGCUCCAAGGUAUCGAGCAGCACGCAAAAGAAGCACAAGUGCAAGGUCUGCGACAAGCGAUUCACACGACCGAGUUCAUUGCAGACUCAUAUGUAUAGCCACACCGGCGAGAAGCGUAAGUGGCCUGAUUUUAUGUUCAUCUUGUUCUGCGACAUGCGCAUACGUGGCAUCGUAGAUGCAGUGGGCUGA